AUGUCAGGAACGGACAAGAGGAAGCUGUCGGUUAUAGGAAAAAGCAUUAUGCCUUGCUGCUUUAAAAGACUUAAGAUGGAGAGUUUACCAGUUGUGCAUCGUGCGAACAGAAAUGCGUGGAUGACCUCUGAACUUUUUAAAGAAUGGCUGAAGGAUUGGAACACAGAGCUACAACGCCAGUCGAGAGAAGUGCUGCUUCUGCUUGACAAUUGUGCAUCACAUCCUCAUUUAGAUUGCUUGAUGAAUGUCCAAAUGGAAUUUCUACCUCCCAGGACAACAGCUUUGGUCCAAGCCAAUGGACAUGGGCAUCAUAAAAAAUUUGAAUCCUUGAAGCAAUUGAAGAAAGUUUGCUGA